AUGGACUUUAUUGUUCAAUUACCUCCUACAAGACUUGGACAUGAUGCUAUUGUGGUUUUUGUGGAUAGAUUAACUAAAAGAGCUUAUUUUCAACCAACACAUACUACUGUUACUGCACCUGAAGUUGCUAAACUUUUCUUCUCAACUAUCUUUAAAAAUCAUAGAUUACCUAAAGUUAUAAUCUCUGACCGAGAUGCUAAAUUUACAAGUAACUUUUGGAAAUUACUUUUUAAUCAUAUUGGGACAAAACUAGCAAUGUUUACAGCUUUUCAUCCUCAAACAGAUGGCCAAACUGAAAGAAUGAAUCAUACUUUAGAAGAAAUGCUUAGGGCAUAUUCUAUAUAUAAACAAAACACUUGGGAUGAAUAUUUACCUGCAGUCAAAUUUGCUUAUAACAAUUCUAAGCAAGCCUCUACUGGAUUUACUCCUUUUGAAUUAGAUUGUGGACAACACCCUAACACACCUGCAUCUCUUGCAUCUAAUAAACUUAACCAUGUACUUGCUGCUGAGGACUUUAUUAACCAUUGGAAUAAUAUGAUCAAAAUUGCUAAGGAUACAUUAAUACCUACUCGCAAAUUGUCUCCAAAAUAUUUAGGUCCUUAUACUAUUUCUGCAAAAAUCUCUUCUACAAGUUAUCGAUUGGACUUACCUUCUACUUUGAAAAUUCAUCCUGUAUUUCAUGUUUCAAUGUUAAAACCUUAUCAACAAUUUGAAGAAUUUAACCGUGAAGCUCCACCUCAACCUAUUAUUAUUCCUGAAUCUAAUGAAGCUAAAUACGAAGUUGAACAAAUUUUGGAUAAAAGGUUAAUUCGUAACAAAACACAAUAUUUGGUUAAAUGGUUAUGUUAUCCUUUACAUGAUGCCACAUGGGAACCUGUUGAAAAUUUGAAAAAUGCACCUAAAAAGCUCAAGGAAUUUGAGUUGAUGAGGAAAUAA